ACUUCCUAAGGCAGAGUAAAGCAUCAGAGCUGGGGGGUAAGGAGGGUAAGAACAUUUCGUUGUGAACAGUGGUUUCAAGUUCAGCGCAUGACCAUCGAGUUUGAGACAAGAGUGUUACUGCUCUCUACAUGUUUGAUCGUUAUAAAGGAGUUUUGUUUCCAUGGCACUGAAUCAAUCAUCUUUCUUGCUGGUGCUGUUUCUCUGUAAAGUUGGAGCUCAAUGUACAGCUUCUGUUGUGGCCUGCGAGUCUGGAUAUGAAGAAGGUGUUGGACGAAGUGAAGAACUUCAAAUACAACAUUCUAGAUGGGAAGUUGUCAGCAUUAACUUCGAACCAGUAAGAUCACCUGCUCUGGACAACACCAUGACAGUCAAUUCAGCUGCAAUUACAGGGAUAGCAUCUGAAAGGGCUAAGAAUAAAACAAAGCCUUGCAUGGCCUUGGAUGCUUACAAAAACAUGGAACUUACUUUGUCGGAGAGCUUGAUAGAGAUUGUGGAUAAAGACCAAAGAGAUAAGGCCUUGAAAUUAGAAGUAUUCACCAUGGCGAUGAACGACACUUGGACAGACUCUCCUACCUAUGUCAGCACGCUCACCUUCAAACACAGUGAGACCGACGAAAACAUGUUGAUUGCAGCCUGUGUCUCCAUGAAUCACACAGUGAACGGAAGCAUCGGCACUCCGAAACUCUGCGAGCUGGUGAAGCACAACAGAAGCCAGGCAGUGUGUGUGUGCAGAGGUUUCCCCCCCGGCAACUUCAAUGUACUGAUAGCACUCAAGGUUCCCUGUGAAGUUGACCUGGGCUGCACUAGGGCUUAUGAGGCUCACAAUGCCUUUUGCCAUCCUCAGAGCAAGGUUCAGACUCUCUAUCUGCUUCUGGCAGGGGCCAUGGUCUGCAUCCUCAAACCCCUGUGCGCUCACUAUCUUAUAGGCUGCCUGUAA